AUGGGUUGCGGGCAAUUGCAGCCUCUCCCCCUGGAGUUACGUCGCAAGCGGGGCGCGAAUCUGUCGUGGUUGAUGCUGCGAGUAAACGGCUCCUCGAGGCCACGUCGAAACGGGAUGGUCGGGGCAGCGAGACAUGGGGCGAUUGGGCACGCAGCGACAGUCGGCGGCGCCGUCGCCGUCGUCUUUGUCGUUAUCGGUGUCGAUGAAGAAAAGACAGAGUGGCAGAAGAGCAGUCGAGGCAGCAGAGCCGUCCAGUCGUUGGGUUUGUCAGCGGGAGGCAGAAGGAGGAGAGUCCAGGCCGGGAUGCGUGUGCUUGAGGGGCGCCGUUGCCUGCAGCGGAUGCCUGCAGACGAGGUUCUUCAAACAAGGGCUGGAACAAGCCCUUCGAAGAUGCGUUGGUCCGUCAAUUCGAGUGCGAAUGUGAGACGAGAUAUGAGUAGUAUGAGAGAAAAGAGGUCGGAUGCAAGGGCCGGCUGCAGUGAUAAACCGACGCGGUCGAGGAAUCAGGAGGCGCAGCCUGUUGGGUUGGUGGUGGUGAGUGAGCGCCCGGCGUCUCGACAUGACCCAACACGGCGCUCCACUGCCACCUCCAGUCUGACCCAUUUCAGUGGAGCAAGGAUACAACGGACGGGCAGCUCAGGCACUGGCGCGUGGGCGACGGCGGCGGCGACGGCGGCGGCGGCGUCGUCGUGCCGCAGGAGGUGCUCGGUGCAGGUGCAGGUGGUGGUUGUGGUGGUGGGCAGGCCCCACUGA